AUGGGCUGGCUUUGGAAUUCCUCGUCCUCUAAAAAGGACGAGUCUCAACCGACUCAACCUCCACCUGCAUCUUCAACACAAGACAAUCUACCAACACCACCACCACAACAAUCACGGAAACUCAGCCGGGAAGAGCAAGCAGACGCCGAAUUCGCCGAAUUAUGGCAGAGCGUGAAAAAUGAUAUCAGCCAGUCUGAACCGCAACAAUCCCCAGCAUCCGAUACGCAAUCUUCGCCAGGAUCUAUAGCUCCCGAUUCCCUCUACCCCGAUACCAUGUCCUGUCGCUCGGCCUUUGAUUACGCUUUCUUCUGCCAAUCGUUAGGCGGUCAGUUUGUUAACGUUUAUCGAUAUGGUGAGAUGCGGUCGUGCAGUGAGCACUGGGAGAAUUUCUGGCUGUGUAUGAAGACAAGGACAUUCAGCGACAAUGAGAAGAGGCGCGUAAUUCGGGAGCAUAAUCGGAGGAAAGCGAUCAAAUAUAAGACGGGUCCGAGUAGUGAGGAUGUGUGGGAAGUACGGAUGGAACCGGUCAAGGGUGCCUUUCAGGGAGACUUUGCGGCUUUGGAGAGGGAAAUGGAGGCAGAGGAGAAAGCUCAGGCGCAGGCGCGGCACCCGUCCAGUACCAUUUAG